GUCACAUAAUUUUCUAUUGAAAAUUCCCAUUUUCUUUUCUCUUCAAAAUUUUUUUCCUCGCUCUAACAGCGCCGAUCUGUUUCAUUGAAUUUCUUUGCCGUUGGAUCUUCAAUUUUCAUUCUCGAUUCAAUCAGUGUGACGGGCUGCUUCAUUUUGAACUCAGGCGAGGAUGAAGAAGGCUAUCGGUCAAACUGUUAGAGAACUCAAGAGAGAGGUUAAUAAGAAGGUUCUUAAAGUUCCUGGAAUAGAGCAGAAGGUUCUCGAUGCCACCAGUAAUGAGCCCUGGGGUCCUCAUGGAUCACUUCUUGCAGAUAUUGCAAUGGCUACAAGAAACUAUCAUGAGUAUCAGAUGAUCAUGAGUGUAAUCUGGAAACGUCUAAAUGACACUGGAAAGAAUUGGCGUCAUGUCUACAAGGCUCUGACAGUUCUGGAAUACCUUGUUGCUAAUGGAUCUGAGCGAGUCAUAGAUGACAUAAGAGAACAUUCUUAUCAAGUAUCGGCCUUGUCCAAUUUUCAAUAUAUUGAUUCCAGUGGAAGGGACCAAGGUAACAAUGUCAGAAAAAAAUCUCAGAGCCUUGUGGCCCUAGUAAAUGAUAAAGAAAGAAUAAUUGAAGUAAGGCAAAAGGCUGCAGCUAACAGGGACAAGUUUCGGAAUACAUCAUCAGGUGGAAUGUACAGACCAGGUUCUGGGGGAUAUGGUGACAGAUAUGAUUAUGGAAACAGAGAUUAUGAUGAUCAAAAUGGUUAUGGAAGAGACCGGGAGUAUGCCGACAGAGAUGAUGAUCGGUAUGGCAGAUAUGGGGAUUCAAACAGUCGCGAUGGAGAUAGUUAUGGCAGAGAUUAUGAAGACCGCAACAGUAGAGAUGGUUACAGGGAUGAUGACUACCGAGGUAGAAGUACAAGUGUUGACGAUUAUCAACAUGGCACAAGAUCUAGGAGCUCUGAUAGAGACCGUGCUUUUGAUGAGGAUGGUGCUUCCUGCAGGGGCAGCGGUGCUAGAGGUGAUGAUCACUCUCAGGAUGGAAGGCAGCAUGAGCGGAAGCAUUCUGAACAAAAUGUUGGUGCUCCUCCUAGUUAUGAAGCAGCAGCAAAUGAGACUCAGAGUCCUGUCCAUAGUGAAAGGGUUGGCCAAACUUCUGUAGCAGCUGCUCCCGGGGCUUCUCUUCCUGCUAGUAGUAAUAAUCCUAACCAAGCAGCCCCUGAUCUUAAUAAUUCAGCUUCUGUUCCAAAUCAACAAGUGGAGGCCUUUGAUGAAUUUGAUCCCCGUGGUCCAGUUUCAGUUGCAGCUGCUCCAACUACUGCUCCUGCUGCUGCAGCUGUCCCUACUACUGCUGUUCCCACUGCUUCAACCAAUGUAGAAAUGGAUUUGUUGGACGCUCUGUCUGAUUCAUUUGCCAUCGUGCCAGUUACACCUGAAAACAUUGCUUCCGAGUCUGAUGCCCAUGCAAACUCUGGUGCUAUGCCCACCUUUGCUGCUAAUCAGUCGACUUCUAACUUUGGAAAUCAGGGUUUUGAUGAUCCAUUUGGUGAUAAUCCUUUUAAAGCUGUCCCUUCAACUGAUGCUGCCCCAGCUGCGCACCAAAUUUCUAAUUCCAUACCUACUUUCCAACCUGCAACAAACCAAAAUGCAGUAGCUCCUCAACUACCUGCAAAUUCUGAGACAGUUGCAAACUUCAACUUUGGGGAUUCAUUCUCUGCCAAUGCUUACUCUGCACCUGGCGUCUCCACCGUACAACCUCCAACAAACCCCCAGUUUCUGCCUCCGGAAUUGUCAACUCCUAAUCAGGAAAAUAAUACACUGGCAGAUAUUUUUCCACCUUCUGGACCUGCACGGCCGAGUGCUAGCGCAUAUGGCCAAUAUGUGCAGCCAAGUGUCAAUCCUUAUAGCCAACAGCCACAAUCCGGUGCUAAUCCCUAUGGUCAACCUGCACAGCCAAAUGCUAAUCCCUAUGAUCAACCUGCUCAGCCAAAUGCUAAUCCUUAUGGUCAACCUGCUCAACCAAAUGCUAAUCCUUAUGGUCAACCUGCUCAGCCAAAUGCUAAUCCAUAUGGUCAACCUGCUCAGCCAAAUCCCAAUCCAUAUGCCCAAACCAUGCAACCAAGUUCGAAUAAUUCAUAUGGUAAUUUUAACUCACAGAUUGUGUCUAUGGCCCCUGAGAUCCCAGAAUCUGCUGCCCGAAGCAGCAAUGGGAGCUUCAACUCUCAGAUAGGUUCUAAUGCUCCUGUCAGUUCACACAUGGCUGCUCAACCUCAAAAUAACAAUGAUCUCCUGGGUGGCUUAAUUUCACAACCAGGGUCAAAGCCUUCAAUGGAAGCACCGACAAUUACUCCAUUGGCAGGAGCACUUGCUAUAGUUCCAGUUUCACAACCAUCGAAGGAUAAAUUUGAAACGAAGUCGGCAGUUUGGGCUGAUACAUUGAGCAGAGGACUAGUCAAUCUGAAUAUAUCUGGACCUAAAACAAAUCCGUUGGCAGAUAUCGGAGUGGACUUUGAUGCUCUUAAUCGGAAGGAAAAGAGGAUGGAAAAACCCGCCCCAAAUGCAGUAACAUCUACAAUCACAAUGGGUAAGGCUAUGGGAUCAGGUUCUGGGAUUGGUCGUUCUGGUGCUAGCACUCUUAGACCUCCAGCAAAUUCUAUGGCAGGUUCAGGUAUGGGUAGCAUGGGCAUGGGCAUGGGUAUGGGUAUGGGUAUGGGAAUGGGUGGUGGACCAUCUGGAGGCAUGGGCAUGGGGGGAGGCUAUGGUGGUAUGAAUCAACAACCUAUGGGCAUGGGAAUGGGGAUGAACAACAUGGGCAUGAAUCCCGGAAUGGGGAUGAACAUGGGCAUGAAUCCGGGAAUGGGGAUGAAUAUGGGAAUGGGUCAAAGACCCUACAUGCAACCACAAGCUGGAAUGCCCGGUGGUUAUAACCCCAUGAUGGGUUCCGGUGGCUAUUCUCAGCAGCCAUACGGUGGUGGUUAUCGAUGAGAGGGAGUUGCCAUACCAUACGUGUAAAACGAAGUUACAUACGAAGCUUACCUUAGGUGUCGCCGUUCGAAUCCCCGCGUAGAAGCUGUAGUUUUGUAGUCCCGCAAAAUUGUGUUGGCAUUGGCCUGACGGGAUCCGAUGAUGCUUUUAUUAUUUUUCUCAUUCUUGCUUAAGCUAUUGCACUGUUUGGACCAUACCGAGUCCUCUUUGGUUCAAUGCCUGGUUUGAGCUGUUGUGAAAUUGUGUAUUUCUCACAUUUGCUUUAUUAUUAUUUCUGCCUUCUAAUUCUUCCA